AUACCGCUGACCGCUAGUUCAAAAGUUUAGUAAAAAAGUCAAAAUGAUUUCAAGGUCGGCUCUGGUUAGCUGUCGGCGGUUGCUUCACAAACCAACCUGUAGGAUCACUCGUGGUCAGCGAUACCUGUGUUCAAAACCAGAGGCUGUUAUUAAUCGUGGUGUGGUACUGGGUGCAUAUGAAGCCAAAAAGAAUGAGAAUGCAGAAAUCAAGUUUAUUUUUACUCAGGCCUCUGACAGUUUCAAUAAGAAAACUUCUGGAAGACUGCGGGAAAUCCUGAAAAUAUCAGGAUUUGAAGGCAAACUGGGAAAGUCUAAGGCAUUUUAUGGGAUUGAUACAGACUACCCAUGUGUUGUGGCUGUUGGCUUGGGGAAGAAAGAUCAUUCUGUUGAUGAAGAAACUAUAGAGGAAAAGGAGGAGUCUGCUAAUAUCAGACAUGCAGCCGCAGCUGGUGCCAGAGCUUUGAGGGAGGCAGGAGUGAGAUCUGGUGAAAUUGAGCCAUUUACAGAUGCCCAAGCUGCAGCAGAGGGUGCACAUCUGGCUUUGUAUAGCUUUGAUAAGCUGAAGUCACCUAAAAAGCACAAGCUUGAUGUCAAUCUAGAAAUGUUCAAAAGGAUCCCUGAUAUACACAGGUUUGAGGAACCCUGGAGUACUGGCCAGAUUCUUGCCGAUGCCCAAAACUUUGCAAGGCAGCUAAUGGACAUGCCCGCUAAUUUGAUGACUCCUAGAAUAUUUGCAGACACUGUUGGAUUGCGAUUGGACAAACUCAGCAAUGUAGAAUUUAAUAUCAGAGAGAAAUCAUGGGCUGAGGAGAAAGGUAUGGGUGCAUUCCUAAGUGUUGGUAAAGCUUCAACAGAAGACCCACUGUUCCUGGAAAUCAGUUACAAAGGAGCAGAGAAUGGCGCGCCUCCUAUUGUUUUGGUUGGCAAAGGGGUAACUUUUGAUAGUGGAGGGAUCAGCUUGAAGCCGUCUGCUCGGAUGUCCCUAAUGAAAGCAGACAUGGGAGGAGCAGCUGCAGUAUGCAGUGCACUAGUUGCCAUAGCAACCUUGCAGUUGCCCAUAAAUGUCACAGUCCUGACUCCUUUAUGUGAAAACAUGGUAGCAGGAAAUGCUAACAAGCCAGGAGACGUAAUCACAGCUAGUAAUGGCAAAACAAUUGAGGUUGACAACACUGAUGCAGAAGGAAGACUCAUUCUAGCUGAUGCCCUCUGCCAUGCCAACACCCUAUCACCUGCAGCCAUCAUAGAUGUUGCUACCUUGACAGGAGCAAUGGAUAUUUCCCUGGGUCAGGGUGCUGUUGGUGUGUUUACAAACUCUUCUUUGCUUUGGAAACAUGUCUACCAGGCUGGCCUAGAGUCUGGAGAGCGCAUGUGGCGAUUGCCACUGUAUAAACACUAUAGCAAGCAAAUUGAAUCUGAGGUAGCUGACCUUAGGAACACAGGGAAGACAAGAUCUGCUGGAUCUUGCACUGCUGCAGUAUUUCUAAAGGAAUUUGUAGAGUGUGAUACCUGGGCACACAUGGACAUUGCUGGUGUUAUGCACCAUACAGAUGCCUUGCCAUAUUUGGGCAAAGGAAUGUCAGGUCGCCCAACACGUGCUCUGGUAGACAUUGCAAGGCGCAUUUCCCAGGAUCCAUUCAUACUUGGGAAAAGAUAAUUCAUAGUUGUGUGUGUUUUUAGGAGGAGAGGGUGUUAAGAGUGUUGGUUGUACAAAAGAUGAAAUAAUUAGAAUUUCAAUAAAAAUUGAAUAACCUUA